AUGUAUUUAUUGGUUAUAUUAGAUAGUUUCAGUACCGCUGAGUGUCAAAGACAUUCAUUUGAGAAGCUUAAAAGGCUGACUGUUUUAGAUAUGAGACAUAACAAAUUGAAAGAUAGAUUGAACUUGAUCAGCUUAAGAGAAAAUAAAAUAAGAAAGUUACCUUCAAGUAUAGGCAAUCUUCGAAUGUUAGUAAUAUUCGAUGUUUCUUACAAUCAUUUGGAAGAAAUCCCAUCUGAAAUAGGCAAUUGCCUUCAGUUAACAUCGUUGGAUUUGCAGCAUAAUGAGCUAACAGAAAUUCCUGCUUCUAUCGGCAAUUUAAGAUCAUUGAAAAGACUAGAGAUUAAAUAUAAUAGAUUAAACAGUGUUCCCCCAUCUAUUUCUAAUAUUGGAUUAUUAGAAGAAUUUAAUGCAGAGGGCAAUAAUAUAUCGGAGUUACCGGUGAAUUCACUAAUACGAAUGAGAUCUUUAAAGUCAAUCCAGUUAUCUAGAAAUAAAUUCCAUGAACUUCCUGCCGGAAAUCCAAGUCAAUUUGCAUUUACUCAGUCUAUCGUAAUCGAACACAAUCGGAUCGAGAGAAUUCCGUCUAAUAUUUUCAAAUUAGCUAAACUACUGAAUUCACUCAAUUUGAAAGACAACCAACUGGCAUCUUUACCGCCAGAUUUUGGAACUUGGACUAGCCUAACUGAACUUAACUUAGGAACAAAUCAUCUCGGAAGCAUAUCAGACGACCUUGAAAAUCUUGUAAACUUAGAAGUUCUAAUCCUAAGCAAUAAUAUGCUAACGUCAUUACCACAGAAUGCUCUACCAGCUUUGCAAAAACUUAGAGUUCUUGAAAUUGAAGAAAAUGAACUAGAGUUCCUCCCGCCUGAGAUUGGUGACAUGUCUAUGCUAACACGAUUAGUUGCAAAUAAUAAUUUAUUGACCCAACUGCCUAAAGAAAUAGGAAAACUUUCUAAGCUAAUGUAUCUAGCUGCUGGUGAAAAUAGACUGAUGUCAAUUCCCGAAGAAAUAGGUAAUUUAAAGUCUCUGGAACAAUUGUACUUAAAUGACAAUGAAGAGUUGAAUGAUUUACCUUUGGAGUUAGCAAUGUGUGAAUCAUUGCAUUUAAUGAGUGUUGAAGGCUGUCCGCUCUCUCGUUUACCUGCUGAGGUCACCGCUGGAGGCCCGUCGUUUAUUUUUCAAUAUCUUAGAGUGGAACUUUCGCAAGUCAUACAAGAUGCUCAAGAUGGAUCUAUGUCAGCAGAAUUCCUAACUAUUGAUACUGAUUUAUCGUGA